AUGGACUACUCUAGUGGCAGCCUCGAAGCCAGAUCUGCCCUUGCCGCUCUCGCACAAGACCUCGACAUCGACCAAACCGCACUCAAGACCGUUCUGGAGGGUGCCUUGGACCUCUGGCCAGGCGCAGACCACAACAGUUUUCAUGCGUUCCAGCGGAGCUUUGAAUAUCUGGGGUACCAUAUCGAAGUCGCCAAGUUGUUUGCGACAAUUCCUACAUCUUUGACCAUUACCAAACACUCUACUAACAUUAUCAUGGAUAAUUCUCCCGACGACCACGCAAGCUUUCGCUUCAUGGGCUUAGACGAAUCUUUGUUUCCAAACAACGAAGGGGACUAUGCAUCAUCAUACAUGUACCCAGGUAGAGCAACUGGCCAGCUCUACUAUCGGCCUCCGGCUGCAAAUCCACCCCCAUGGGAAACUCCGGCGGACGCUUGGCGCUAUGACGGCAAUAAAGUAUGGACUGGUGAAGCCUUCGUUUUCUCUCGCCGUACUCAGCCAGAGCCUGAUACCCGUACAUCAGCUGUAUUGAGGGCUUUCUUAUCAAGUCCUGGACUCUCGCAAGAUGUUGUAGCUUCCCAGGGAUCUGGAAAUGGUCAUCUUUCUGGAAUUACACAACUGUCAGGAGGUUCCCAAGAACAUGUCAUUGGUUAUCGAACACCCCCAACAUCAUCCGAAGUCUCUUUGAUGAGGAACGAAUGUACGUUUCCAGUGGCAGGGAAUACUGGUAACGCAUUGGGUGCUGCUUCACAAGUGCCCGAUGCUUCACAAGUACUCGCUACCUCAAGAGUCCCUGCCGCGACUGGUCAUGCCGUCGAUAACUCAAUAAACAGCCCAGCAGAACAUGAACCCGCUGAGGACGACACGGGUUUCUACUUUACUGGAUGGAAUGACGAGGCAAAAAGGAUGUUGUAUCUGUGGAAAGGCAAGAAUAAGAAGGGUUAUCAAUUCUUUGCACAUCUCUUUCCUGGUGAAACUAAGGAAUCGCUUCACGCGGCUUGGGUACAGCACAAGAGGGAAGGGAAGCAGCUCUACAAGAUUUGGGCGAUGACGAGUAAACAGUCACGUGGUGCUGUGCAGGUGUAA